AUGCCCGAUAAGGACGCGGGGACACCCCGCGUAUACCUCGCUCGUCAUGGCGAGACGGAAUGGACCAAAAACGGCCGCUACACCGGCGUGACAGAGCUAGAACUGACUCCUCACGGAGUAACUCAGGUCCAAAACUCAGGCAGAGUACUGGUUGGACCAGGAAAAUUGAUUGACCCCUCGCGACUGGCUCAUGUUUUCGUGAGUCCGCGAAAGAGGGCCCAGGAUACUUUUGAUCUGCUCUUCGAGGGCGUAGGCAAGCAUGACCUUGUGGAUAGUGGGAGGGUCACGACGACGGAGAAGUUGGCUGAAUGGGGAUAUGGAUUGUAUGAGGGGUUGGUGACGAAGGAGAUUAGAGCGUUGCGGAAAGAGCAUGGAUUGGACCAGGAACGACCAUGGAAUAUUUGGAAGGAUGGAUGUGAGGAGGGAGAAUCCCCUGAGGAAGUCACAGCUCGUCUGGAUAGCCUGAUUGAAGAAAUCCACGCUUUCCAAGCUGGUAAUAUGCACGGUGAGAAAGCGGCGGAUGUACUUCUCGUCGCGCACGGCCAUCUCCUCCGGGCUUUCACCAAGCGCUGGCUGAAGUACCCAAUGGAGUUUCCGCUAUCGCUCAUGAUGGAGCCCGGUGCGAUUGGAAUCUUGAGUUACGAGCAUCAUAACAUCGAUGAGCCCGCUCUCAUGGUUGGAAUGGCAUUUCCCAGUCAAACAGCACGAUGA